UGCCGUGCCGUGCCCGUCAGGCCGGGCGGGGCCGCCGCUGCCUGCGCCGCCGGGGCGGAGUCGCGGCGGCGCUUCGCGGGCGGGUCCUUUUCGGCUCCUGGCGGCCGCCGUCGCGAGGGCUCAGCUGCGGGAGCCGGCGGGGCUCGGGUCGGCGGCGCGGCGGGGACGGCCCGGGAGCCGCAGGGGAGUUGCCCUCUCAAAAGCCAAGAAACAGCGAUGCGUGCAUGUACAGUGAGCUCCCGUGACUGGUGGAUUGUAAUCGGAGGAGGAAGAGGCAGGAAAGGGUCUGGUAUAUACCGACAUCAGCUUAUUCAGAGAGAGCAACUAGAGCUUUGCAAAGACAUUUGUUUAAAUGAAUUUCUGCAGCUGAUUUAAACCAGCCUGGACUGAAGACUUGAAGCCUGGAAAAUGAAGCUAAAGGAAAUUGAGCGAACAGCUGUUCAGGCAUGGAGUCCAGCAAACAACCACCCCAUUUAUCUAGCAACAGGAACAUCUGCCCAGCAACUGGAUGCAUCCUUCAGUACAAAUGCCACCUUGGAAAUAUUUGAGAUUGACUUCAGGGACCCCUCCCUGGACAUGAAGCGGAAAGGAACCCUUCCUGCCUCAAACAGGUUUCAUAAGCUGAUCUGGGGUAACUUUGGAAAUGGGUCCCCUGAGUCCUCUGGAGUGAUCAUUGGUGGAGGGGAUAAUGGAGUACUGACAAUGUAUAGUGCACACCGGAUCUUGGCUUCAAAGAGCGAGCCAGUAAUUGGGCAGACAGAGAAGCAUUCAGGCCCUGUUCGAGCUCUUGAUUUCAACCCUUUCCAGAGUAACCUCUUGGCCUCUGGAGCCAAUGAUUCUGAAAUUUUCAUCUGGGACUUGAAUAACUUCAGUGUGCCUAUGACACCAGGAGCUAAAUCACAGCCUCACGAAGACAUUAGUGUGGUGUCCUGGAAUCGGCAGGUGCAGCAUAUCCUGUCCUCCGCUCACCCCAGCGGCAAGGCCGUGGUUUGGGACCUCAGGAAGAAUGAGCCUAUCAUCAAAGUCAGUGACCACAGCAACAGAAUGCAUUGCUCAGGAAUGGCCUGGCACCCAGAAGUUGCAACCCAGCUAGUCCUUUCCUCUGAGGAUGACCGCUUGCCAGUGAUCCAAAUAUGGGACUUGCGUUUUGCUACCUCUCCUUUGAGCCAGCUGGAAGGGCACAUGAGGGGAGUUCUGUCUGUCUCUUGGUGCCAGGCCGACCCUGAACUGCUGUUGAGUAGUGCCAAAGACAGCCGGAUCUUGUGCUGGAACCCAAGUAUGGGGGAGGUGGUUUAUGAGUUGCCCAUUCGGAGUCAGUGGUGUUUUGAUGUCCAGUGGUGUCCUAGAAACCCCACAGUCUUCUCUGCUGCCACAUUUGAUGGGUGGAUCAACAUUUAUUCUGUUAUGGGUGGGAGUUUAGAAGCUCAACAGAAGACUCAGGCUGACAAGAUCUCCUCCUCCUUCAACAACCUUGACCCCUUUGGCACAGGACAGACCCUUCCUCCUCUGCAGGUGCCGGAGCAAGUAGCUCAGACCACCUUGAUUCCCCCAUUAAAAAAGCCGCCCAAGUGGAUUCGCAGGCCUGUGGGCGUUUCAUUUGCAUUUGGGGGAAAAUUGAUUACCUUUGGUCUUACCAAAGUUCCUGGACAGCAAGUGCAGCAGAUUUGCCCACGCCAGGUGUUCAUCAGUCAAGUCACUACUGAAACAGAGUUCCUGGUCCGAUCCAGAGAACUGCAGAUGGCCCUGCAGUCAGGCAACCUCCUCGAAUACUGCAAGGGCAAGAUCCAGACAGCCAAGCUGCAGUUUGAUGAGAACCUCUGGAACUUCCUGAAGGUGAAUCUGGAGCAGGAGUCCAGGACUAAACUCCUCAAGUUGCUGGGCUACAGUAAAGAAGAUCUGCAGAAAAAGAUCUCCUCCUGUUUGAGUAAUGGGAUACCAGAUAAACAACCCCUUCCUGAGGCAGAUGACAGGAAUGCUGUGCAGCCAGGUCAGCUUUUGAUAAAUUCCAGUGAUGAUGUAGCUGCUGUUUCCUCCUCUUCAGCCUUUUUUGACAACCUCAUCCCACAGGAUAUGAGCACUUUGGAGAUUCCUGUCACAGCAGAUACUGAUGGACUCAUCAGCCAGGCCCUCUUGCUGGGGAAUUUUGAGGGUGCAGUGGAGCUGUGUAUGCGGGCAGAACGCUUUGCCGAUGCUAUUAUCUUAGCUAUUGCUGGUGGAGAGAACCUCCUAAGGGAGACCCAGAAGCGCUACUUUGCCAAACGGAAAACAAAAAUCUCCCUGCUUCUUUCCUCCAUUGUGCAACAGAACUGGCAAGAUAUUGUUUGCACAUGUGAUCUACAGAACUGGAAGGAGGCACUGGCCAUCUUGUUAACAUACUCAAAGCAUGAGGAUUAUACCCAACUUUGUGACAUGCUGGGUGCCCGCUUAGAGUUGGAGGGAGAUGCAGCCCUGUCCAAUGAUGCCUGCCUCUGCUAUAUCUCAUCAGGCAAUGUGGAGAGGUUGGUGGAAUGCUGGGUAAAAAACCAUGAGACUUCGUCACCCCUUUCCCUGCAGGAUCUGAUAGAGAAGGUGAUGGUGCUGAGCAGGUCCAUUGAGAUGCUCCGAGGCACAGCAGGGCCAGCGCCAGGCCCUGUCUUGGCAGAACGAAUCACCCAGUAUGCCAGCCUCCUGGCAUCACAAGGAUGCUUGGCAGCCGCGAUGAAUUAUCUACCCAGCAGCUCUAAAGAGCUCCUGAUCCAACAGCUUCGUGACCGGCUGUUCCAUGCUCAGGGAGAGAAUGUGGCUGAUCAGCAGCCACCACCUUUCCCCUACGCUCGUGUCCAUGUAGGUGGUGUUAAACACACAUCUCCAGCAGCCAAGAGCAGCUCCACCCCUGAAGGAGCAAUCCACAAAGCAAGUCCCAGACAUCCAGAGAAGCCCACCUACCAGUCAUCACUUACCCCUUCAGCACCUGUUCAGCCUUCAGUGUCUUCCCUCUUCACGCCUCAGCCAGUGCCAGCAAUGUCUGUGACUCCUCACAGUGCUGCACCUCCCCAGACCAGUGCUGGUCCACAAAAAAACAUAUAUUCCAGAGGGCCCCCAUACCCACAGUACAACUUGGGCUUGGCUCCGGUGGCAGUUCCAGGGCCAGUGCUGUCACAGUCUCAGCCGUUCAGCCCAGCCAGACCUGCUGGUCCAACUCCCUUCCCCAGCCAGCCUCCUCUAUCAGGACAGGCCAUGGCCAUGGCAUCUCCUGGUGUGCCACCGCUCGGACCCACCCUCUUCACUUCAGCCUCAGUCCCAUCAUCUCAGCUCCCUGCGGCUUGUCCUCUCCCUUUGGCAAGCCAGUCUCCUCUUGGUUUCUCUUCAGCACCGUUCAACUACCCCAUGAACAUGGGUUACCCUCAGGGAGGUCCUGGAGCUCCGUCUGCUAAGCCCCUGGCAGCAUCCAGCAUUCCUCCACCUCCCACAGGUUUCUUCCCUUGGCUAGAUCCACACUUGGAUCGUGCAGGUAGUACACAGAGAAGCCUCCAGACCUGUGCGGGAGGAAAUGUUGCUGCUUCCAGUGAAAUGUGGGCUCAGGAAUCUUGGACUGAUCCCUCUGCUGCAAGAGGAGGCCUUCAGAAGAAAAAGUUGCCAGAGAAAUUUACACCUCCAGCCCCCAUCACAGCUCCAGUGAUGAACCUCCCCACAGAGCUCCAAGGGAUCCAUCCUCAGCUCUCCAGGUUGCAAGAAUGUGGCCAGUCACCCCCAGGAGCACCCAAGGAAGGCAGCCUGCAGUAUCACCAGCUGCCCACGGAGAGGGUGGAGAGGAAGGAAGUGCCCCCUGAGCACCAGGGUCUGAAGACCACAUUUGAAGAUUUGGUGCAGCGCUGCUCUGCUGUUGCCACUGAUCCAAAAACUCGAAGGAAGCUGGAGGAUACAUUGCAACGGCUGGAGUGCUUGUACGAGAAGCUCCGUGAGCAGGUGCUCUCUCCAACCAUCCUGAUGGGUCUCCAUGAGAUUGCCCGCUGCAUUGAGGCUAGGAACUACCAGCAAGGUCUCCUGGUUCACACCCAGGUGGUGAGCAGCAGCAGUUUCAGUGAGGUGUCUGGCUUCAUGCCUGUCCUGAAGGUCCUCAUGACCAUUGCUGGCAAGCUGAAUGUCUAAAGUCUGGAGCAGCUGGUGCAGUGAUGCACUGGUGGGCUCCCUUACCUGUUGAUGUGCUACAGGUUGUGGACUCUUCCUCUGGAUCUGGAGAAAUAAGUCUUUGCCAGUGCCUGGAACCAUGCUGGGCCAAUGCACCUGGUCCCAUCUACUCUCCAGACAGCCCACUGGGGCCUGGAUCUCUUGGAGACUGUUCUUUCUCUUUCUUACUCAUCUGAGGCUGCUUCCUAGCCUAGGGAUCUUGAUUUCAGGCUGUUCUGGUUGCACAGAGAUCCUCCCAGAACUGCUCUGCAUUAGCUUCCUCUUCCCUGUUCCCCCACCAGAGAUGGGAAACUCCCCUCCCAGGCUGACACUACUUUUCACUGGGAGGCAAACAGGACUGGCACCUGCAGCACCACCAGACAGAAGAGCCUCAGGCUCUAUUCCGUGCUCCUGUGUAAACUGGUCCUGGGUGACAGCUGGGCUCCCUUGGGACUUAAGCUGGAGUGUUCCUGCUCCAUUGGGCUGCAGUCAGGUUCUCUCCUCUGAUUCCUCUUUUUCCUUUGUUCUAAUCCUUGACUCUCUCUCUCCCCUCUGCCCCCUUAUCCUGCUACCACUAGGGCUGACUACCUGCGUGCUCUGGGCUCACUUUGGUCCUGUCUUACUUCUGCACUCAGUCCUCUCUUUUCAUAGCCUUCUCUGCACCCUCUACACCCUCCUUUUUCUUUUUUUCCCUGUAAGCCCCAGGUUUGAACCUUUUCUGUUUCAGGCCCAGGACUGUUUCCCUGCUUCCAACUCUGGGGACUCUCCCAUCCUCAAGAAUGCUGGCAGGUUGGACUCCUGCUCAGUGUGCUCCUCCUCAGAGCCAGUAGCGUCCUGUGUUUGAGCUGAAAGCUGCACUGUCUGGCUCUUGGCCUUUUUCACUUCCUUUAUGUUAGCACAGUUGGUCUGUUGCCAACCAGUGUUAUCUAAAGGCUUCCCACAUUGGGAUUUCCAGACAGUCUAAGGGCUUUAGAAGCAGCAGGGGUUGUAGAAGUCCCUUAAAGUGUCCCCUUAAGCUGCUCUGAACAGCCCAGAUUUGAGCAGGGGGAGACAGCUCAUUGCUACAAGUGUGGUGGGUGCAUUCUGCCUAUAGUAAUGGAUAUGUGUGAGGGUGGUUCUCAAAGGCUCCGUGGUACCACAAUGAUAGGAACGUGCUGCAGGGGGUGAUGCUGUCAGGUCUUGAGGAGACAGGGCUGUUCUGAGGCUUUUCAUCACUGUGGUGUUUCCUUUGGGCUGAAACAGAUGAACGAAGCAUAUUUGUCCCGUGGGAGGAGUCUGGGAAGGCAGAUGGGAUUUUGGGGCACAUCUGUGUGUGUGUGUGUGUGUCUUUUCCUCCCUCACUUACUCUUACCUCUUUCAUACUAAACAGUAUGAAAUCCUUGGACCCUAGCUGGGACCAAGGCUUCUUCCCACCAUUUGGCUACAGCCUGCCCUUACUUCCUCUGCUUGCUGCUUGAGUGAUACUGCUAUUAUGGGCCCAUGGUUCAGCGCCUUAUGCGAAGCAGCCUGCUCUACCCUGAGACUUAGGAGGGAGGGUAGUCAGAAGAGGGAGAGAGCAGGGCUUACUCUCUCCUUGCCAGGUCAAAGUGCCUCCUUGUUGCUGCUGUGUUCUGUUGCCAUUGCUGCAGUUUGAUGCACUGAGAGAUUACAGAACAGUGAAAUAAAAGCUGUGUUUUGUGA